ACCAUAAAUUUAUUGUUACAUUGACUAAUAUUCCUGUUCCUGCAGUUAAAUACGAAUGUACUUCUUUUCACAGUAAAAACAAAAAUUAAUAGAACGCGAGUUAUUAGACACGGUUUAGCAUCGAACACAGCAAAGGAGUUGGUCUUCAGCUCGUUCUUCUAAUGAGUUAUAAUCAAAACGAAAGUAACCUCCUUGAUAUCAAUGAAGAUCUGCCUUUUGCUCUUGCUCUGCCCCCCGAUGUCUCAAUGGAUUCGUUGCAGCUAAAGGCAGACGGCAUUAACCUGGAGGACAAGACUCUGGGUAUUGGUCGUAAAACUAUUCUGAAGGCGCACACAAAAUCUUUGGCUCCCAUUGUGAGUGACGAGGCCCUGAACACGCUAAAUGAGCUCCGCGAACAGAAUCUUCUCUGCGACGCCCAGAUUUCUGUGGGGGAGGAUGUGUUCAACGUACACCGUGCAAUAAUGUGUUCAUGUAGCUCAUACUUUCGAGCUCAAUUCACAGGGUUUAACGCUGACAGUCCCGGGUGUGUAGAUGGGUCAGAUGCAAAAAAAAAAACUAAUUUCAUUCAUAUCCCCGGCGUGAGUUCAUGUAUAAUGAACUGUGUAAUACAGUACGCUUACCUGCGUCAAACAAACAUCUCCGAGAGCAAUGUUCAUGAGUUACUUAUCUGCGCUGACUACGUUGGCAUGGUAGGCUUAGUUAAGAAGUGUAAAGACUACCUCGGUCGCAUACUCACCCCGGAAAACUGUGUCAGUAUUAUGGGAUUCGCACGGUUCCGAUUUUUGGAGGACCUCCAUCUGAAGGCCAGGAACUACACUCUAAGGUACUUUACUGAAGUGGCAAAUCGUAAUAUUGACAUACUAGAUAUGUCAGCUGAAGACUUUUACAGUAUUAUUAGCGAUGAUGAGUUAAACACCCGCGAAGAGGAUCACGUAUGGAAAUUGUGUGUUAAAUGGAUCGACCGUAAUCCAGAAAGCCGCAAGCGGCAUGUUGCCCAUCUUAUGACUGGUGUACGAUUGGGCCUAAUGACUCCAAAGGUGGGUACACAUUUUUUUAUUUGA